UUUCAUCUGUAACCAUUUUUAUUUAUUCAAAAGAAUUAAACAUUUUGGAAAGAAGGAGAAACACUCGUAUAGAUAAGAGAGAGAAAUCAUACCCUGGUGCAUGUAGGUAGGAAGGAAUUACUUUAAGCUGCGUCGUGUUUGCCAUGGCGCAUUUGCGUAUUGUUGGCCAUUGAUUAUCACGUCUUGCUAUGCCUUGGCCCUCUUUCGAGAGAACUGAAAUAGGGACAAAGAGAGAUGCAUUGUUCUAUCCAAAGAGCCCUUAGUGACAAGCAGACGGUUUCACACGGAGAAAAGAGCUACUCAUCAAGGAAAUUUAUUGAACAGGAUAGUUUCAAGGGAUCUUCUGAGGUUCGUGAAGUGUCUGCUCUUGAUUGCAGUAGCUCCGAUCAGAGAUGUGCGCUCCUGAUGUUCCUCAGACUUGAAUCCAAUGGACACCGUAGAAUUGUACCACAGAGAAUGCAGUGUAUUGAUGACACUAAGCAGUCAAGAUCUGAAGUCAAUGAGGAUAUGAAUAGUAUGUAUCUGGUUACUCAGCCAACUACGAAAUCACUUAAGGUUGAUACGCCAAACGUUCAGAUAGGACCUGGAUUUGGUGUUACUCAGUCUAACAAGUCUUUUACUGCCAGAAGCUUUUCUGGGCCCAAUUGGCGGCAUACAUCUCGAAACAUGGCCACAGCAAAUAAAGUGUGUAAAUCGGAUGAUUUUUCAAGUUAUUCCAACUGCCGGAGUUCCAUCUCCUGCAGUGAUUCCUGUGCUUUGACCUCAGAAGGAUCUACUACUAUGAGUUCAUCUGAUGUGUUAAUUGAUAGCACCAAACUAGAUAAGGUAGUGAAGAAAACUUCAAAAAAGAAGGUGAGAAGGAGGGGGAAGUAUAAGAAGAAAUUUCCAAGUGAUGUUGAAUCUACUGAAAUGGAAGUUUUAUUUGAGGAGAAUGCACAUGGAAGUUCGACAUUGGAAACCUGUGCUAAUAACGAUUUGGAUCACGGAGAUGAAGUGGUAUUAUGUACAACUUCACAAGAGGCUUCAGCAGUGGAUGAUAGGGUUGUUGGAACUAAUUUCAAAGCUACUGCUAAUAAAUCAGCCAGGAUGCUCAACCACUGCAAUGAUGAGGUGGAUAUAGUGGAAACAGCUGUACCUUCUAUUAGUCCACAUGAUCCAGCAAUUGAUUGCGAAAUUGGGAUUCAAACAAUAGCUCAAGGAUUUUCAAUCCUCGAUAGAGGUCUGGAGGAGACAACUAAUGUGCAGAUCAGCCAUGAUCGUGAUGCAUGUUUGAAAGAACCCGAUGAAGGAGAUGGUGGCAUUACCUUUCCAGGCCCAUCAGGUCUCAGUUCUGAGAAAAAGAACUUCUUUCAUAAAAAAUCAGGUAAUGGUGAUGUAGAUACCUUUGAUUGUGAUGGACAAACAAACAAUAGCAGCCAGCGAUUCAGUAGCAGUGGUAUGCAACAGGUUUCAUCAGGCAAGAGAGGGAAACAAGUUAAAACAUUCCCCAGUAGUUGUAGCGUAUACAAACCUGUAAGUGUUGGAAACUCAAAUGGAUGUACAGGGAAGGAGAACAAUCAUUCCAUCUGGCAAAAGGUUCAGAAGAAGGAUGUUGAUGAAUGCCGCUAUGAGUCAAAGAAAGUGAGUCCUAUCUUCUUGCAAUCACAAUUUAAUAUUACUUUAAAAGCGGCUUCUUUUCCUAAAAAAAAUUGCAGUGCUGAAGAAAUGAGUAUAAGAACGAAGGUCAAAGAUAAAAAGCCAUUGAAAGAUAAGGGUUCUAGGAGAUUAAAAAGAAAAAAUAGUCCAGGGGUAAAACAAGAGUUCCACUGUUAUUCUGGGCAGGGUUCUCAUCUCAACAAAGCUAGCUCAAAUCGCCGUGCAAAGAUGAGUUUGCAGCAGAAUGACAUGCUGGCCAUCUCUUCUAAUGCAAAUGUUCAACACAGAAUCAACAGUGUUCUGAAAUCUCAUUCUCAAUCUUGUAGUCCAAGGGUUGAAUUACAGAGCAGCACAGUUGAAUCCAUGAAUACAGAAACAGUUCACAGCUUGCGAGUUUUUCCAGAUGCAUUGGAACCAUUUGAGAAUGUCCAUGAUAUUGUUUCUGGUAUGAAUGUUCAAAAUAGAGAAGAUCAGGAUCCGACAUUGCCAAAAUCAUGUCUUUCUUUGGAUGCAUCGAAGCUGCUUGAGGUCCGGUCUCCAGUAUUCCUUCCUCAUCUCUUAGCCAACAGAGUUCGUCAAAUAGAUAAAGGAAAUUCUCCCGAAAACAAUAAGCAAAACCAUAGUUCCUCAUCAAAGCUGCUUGAGGUGCGGUCUCCGGUAUUCCUUCCUCAUCUUUUAGCCAACAGGAUUCCUCAAAUAGAUGAAGAAAUUUCUCUCGAACACAAUAAGCAAAACCAUAGUUCCUCAUCGAAGCUGCUUGAGGUGCAGUCUCCAGUAUUCCUUCCUCAUCUUUUAGCCAGCAGGGUUCCUCAAAUAGAUAAAGAAAAUUCUCUCGAACACAAUAAGCCAAACCAUAGUUCUGGGUCUAUUCUGCAGAAGUGGAUUCCCAUUAGGAAAAAGGAUCCCGUUACAGCAGAAUGUGAGCCUUCAUUGGUGGAACAUUCUCAUGGGGCAGCUGAUGAAGAUUGGACAUUCAAAAGUACAGCUGAGAAGAAGGCUGAGCCCAGCUCUGAAAAUCUGGUUUCUCCUCAGAAUGCUGCAGUACUGAUGGGCGGGUGUUGCUCUUCUUGGGAGGAAAGAAACAUUAGAAGUUUGAGGCAUCCAGUUGCCGGUGUGUUCAAAGGGCAUGAUUAUAAUACAAUUGCAUCUAAAUGCCCGAUGAGUGUAUCUAAUGAUCAAAAUUGUUCUGCUUUUGAAACUGUUUUGGACAAGAUACAACAGGCAGUUAAUGAUGUGUGUAGAGUACAAGUGGCUGCUGAAGCUGUUCAUAUUGCCACUGGUGGUCCAAUUGCUGAGUUAGAAAGACUUCUUCGUCUUUCUUCUCCAGUUAUUCAUCAAUCACCCAACUUAAUCUGCUGCCAGUCUUGUUCGCAAGAUGAGCUAGUUGGUGCAAUCCCGUGCAGACAUGAGACACAUAAUGUCUCUUUGGGAUGCCUGUGGCAGUGGUAUGAGAAACAUGGGAGUUAUGGGUUAGAAGUAAGGGCAGAGGAUUGUGAAAGUUCAAAGAGAUUUGGGGUUGAUCGUUUUGCUUUUCGUGCUUAUUUUGUCCCUUUUCUUUCAGCAGUUCAGCUGUUCACAGAACAUAAAAGGCGGCCCAUUAAAGAUAACAUCAAGUUGCAACCUUCGGCUGUUGUGGAGACUGAGCUUGGUGGAAAAUUAGAAAACUUCUCUAGUUUUAGCCACAUUCCGAUAACUUCAAUGCUUGUUCCUCCUUCACGCACAUCAAAAACGGGGAUUCUGGCUCUCGUAGAUGACAUGCAUCACUCACAACCAUCUUCAGUUUGUGCCGAAGAGGGCUCACCUGGUCAAUCUGAUGAUUUGGAAUGCUCCAACGACCUAGAAUUACUUUUUGAGUACUUUGAAUCUGAGCAACCACAACAAAGACGACCAUUAUAUGAGAAAAUACGAGAGCUGGUUAGAGGUGAUGGACCUUCACAGGGCAGUAUGUAUGGGGAUCCAACGAAGCUGAACUCUAUGAAUCUACAUGACUUGCAUCCAAGAUCCUGGUUCUCUGUGGCAUGGUACCCUAUUUAUAGAAUACCUGAUGGGAACUUACGUGCUGCAUUUUUAACUUAUCAUUCACUCGGUCAUUUGGUUCGUAGAAGUUCCCAAUUUGAUUUCUCAAGGGAUGGUUGUAUAGCAUCUCCAGUUGUGGGUCUUCAGAGCUACAACGUUCAGGGAGAAUGCUGGUUCCAGCUGAGGCAUUCAGCCAUGAGCCCAACUGCUGAAACCUCUAGCCUAAACCCUUCUGGAAUCCUGAAGGAGCGGUUGAGGACACUGGAGGAGUCUGCGUCUCUCUUUUCAAGAACUCUUGUAAAUAAAGGAAAUCAGACAGGCAAUAACAGACAUCCUGAUUAUGAGUUCUUCCUCUCUAGGCGACGCUGACUGCUCGUCCUAGUUUUUACUGUCUGCAACUUAAUAUAGUCUCUUAUGUUAGAAAACAGUGUCCAUAUGGAUAUAAGAGCUAAUGACAAGUAUGAAGGUAAACCGAUUAGUGCACCUCCAUGAAUGGUGGUUUUUUUCCCUCCUGCUCAGGAACACCAUGUCUUGAGGGCUAUCUAAAGCAUCUCUAGUGGUGAUCCUGGUUUUAAACCUUUCAAUAUUUUCUUGUUGCUGUAAACAUUUGUUAAUGUAGUGUGAAGGUUUCACAACAAAUAUUGCCUAGUCUUCCAUUUUUCUUUCA